AUGUUGAGUCUGGAUGGGCUGGAGAUGAUAGCCGUCCUGGUGGUGAUGGGACUGUUCGUCAAAGUCCUGGAGCAGUUUGGACUCUUCGAAGUUGUACGAGAGGAAGACAGCGUAGAAGACGACUUUGAGUUGUCCACUGUGUGCCAUCGACCAGAGGGUCUGGACAAACUACAGGAGCAGACCAAGUUCACCAAGAAGGAACUAAAGGUUCUCUACAGGGGCUUCAAGAAUGAGUGUCCAAGUGGAGUGGUGAAUGAGGAAACCUUUAAAACCAUCUACUCUAAAUUCUUCCCCCAGGGUGAUUCGGGUGCGUAUGCACAUUUCUUGUUUGAGGCCUUUGACACUAACAAGAAUGGAUCAGUUAGUUUCGAGGACUUUGUGUUCGGUCUGUCUAUCAUUCUGAGAGGAACGAUAAAUGACCGGCUAAACUGGGCCUUCAACCUGUACGACCUGAACAAAGACGGCUACAUCACCAAAGAGGAGAUGAUGGAUAUAAUGAAGUCUAUCUAUGAUAUGAUGGGGAAGUACACAUAUCCCUGUAUGCAGGACGAAGCGCCCAGAGAACAUGUGGAGAGCUUCUUCCAGAAAAUGGAUCGUAAUAAUGAUGGGGUGGUCACUAUUGAUGAGUUCAUCGAGUCAUGCCAAAAGGAUGAGAACAUCAUGCAGUCCAUGCAGCUGUUUGACAACGUCAUCUAG